AUGUGUCAUCAUUGCAUUGCAUUUGUUCACCUUCUUGUGGUAGGCAUGUUUAAUGUGCUGUCUGCCCUCGGAGGUGGAGGUCAGGUUGAUCCGACUACCAGCAACAAUGCAAAUACCAUCCUAUAUAGUCUUUUUUGUGCCAUGUCCCUGGCGGGUUCGUUUUGUAACUUCUUCGGUCCCAAGAUCACAUUAGCGAGCGGCGGAGUCGGCUUCUCACUUCUGUCGGCUUCCUACUGGAGCUAUAAUCACAACAAGGAGGAGGGCUUCGUGUACUUUGGAGGCGCUAUAUGUGGGAUCGCGGCUGCAUUCCUCUGGACCGCAGAAGGGUCAAUGAUCAUGUCGUUACCACUUGAAAAAGACAAAGACAAAUAUAUUGGGGUCUUCUAUGGACUGUCCUAUUUUGGCACCGUCAUUGGCGCUAUCAUCCGGGCCGUGGAAACCUGGGCCACAACUACAGCAGGCAGUGUAAAUGAUGGCACAUAUAUUGCUCUGUUCAUCUUGAUGCUCAUGGGCAGUGUGGUCGCCCGUUUUGUUUCCAACCCGGAAAAAGUUAUUCGCACUGAUGGCACGCGGGUUGUCAUUCCUCGUCAAACCACAUUCAACCAGGAGCUGAAGAACGUCGCUCUUGCCAUCAAAAGGGAACCUUAUAUCAUUCUUUUCUUUCCUUACAGCAUGGCUAGUCUCUAGGUGGUUGAUGGAGCCGGGCAAACGUUUGCCUGGUGGAUCAUGGGGACUCUCUCUAAUGAUCCCCUCCUGUUGUCCAUCUACUCAGCAUUCUAUAAGGUAUUUGGUGCGAUGGGUGCUGCGAUCGUCUUCAACCUCGACGUUCGUGGAAUCAGCUACCAGACAAUGUUUGGCAGUUACUGGGGCCUCCUUUCUGGAUCCAUGAUUCUUGUAUUGGUGCUUAUAUACAAGCGCGUGAAGUUCACCCUCGUCGUGUCUGAGAGCGCGGACGCGGAGAUGAAAUAA